AUGAUUCAAGAAACAGUUGGAGAAAUUAAUGAAAAUACAUCUACAGAUACCUUUAAAAUACUUGAUCCCAGUAACAAUAUCGAGAUCAUCAUCAUAUCUAUCCACAUGAUCAAUUUACAAUCAAUACUCCAUCUAAUUCCUACACAAACAUCCCUCGAAUCGCAUCAAAGCCUAUUAUCGGAGCUCUCAAUUGACAAGAGUGACAAUUCAGUAGUGGAACCAAUUUUGCAUAUUUUCAAAACUUGUAAGGGGAAACUACGACGCAAUGGGUAUUGGUUGUGCAAGUUGAAGUUUAAAAUUGAUGACAGGUUUAAUCAUUGGGGAGUGAUGUUUCCAAUGUUGAAUGUGGGUGAAAGAAUGGUGGAAGAUGGUAGUGAUAGCAAUGGAGUUGGAGGUGAAGAUGGCGACUAUUUCGGUGUAUUUAAAGUCGAUGAACUGGUUCCCGAAGAUAAGAUGGCAGAUGAAAUGUAUCGCAUUUCAAGUGAGCAAGAUUUAAUCAGCAUAGGUCAACAAUCGCUCAAGGGUAAUGACGAGGAGCUAUCAAUAACUGAGAAUAACGAGACAAUUGAAUCAUUUUCAAUGAGACCACCAUCAUCAAUACAGAAUAGGCCGGGUGAUUUCAACGGACAUGGCUCCCCACUGGACCCCGGAUCCAAUUUCACGUCUCCUUCAAAAAGUGAAGAAAGUCAAGAUCCAUUACAAUUUUUAACUAAUCGAUACUAUCAUUCAUUAUAUUCCCUCAAUGAGCCUUUAAGUUACUUCCCCAAAACUUCAUUAACUCGAUUCAUAAAUCUUUGUCAAGGAAACGACUCACUCACUAUAGCGAUUCUUGAUUCGUUGAUUUUGAGUAUGGAAAAGUUUGAUUUGAGAUAUGAUGGGAAAUCGAAUGGGGAGUUUUUCAUUAGCGAGAUUGGUAGUUUAUCUGAUUGUGAAUUACGGAAUCAAGAGAGAUUUAAGGGGAGAGUUGGGUUCAAUGUGAAGCUAAAUACAGAGGAUGAUGAUGAUGAGAAAUAUGAGGAAGUGGGGCUGGUACAUUUGAAUGGAAUUGAUAAUAAUAAACUACAGAAAUUAAUCUUGGAAUUAAAAAUCCGUGAAGCUCAAUUACAGAUUAUUCUCUUAUUUGAAGUUUUACAAAAUUUGAAUAUAAAUGAAGAUGAGUUUUUAAAACUCAAUUUACAAAAACUGAAUGAAUUGAUGAUGAAACAAAGUCAAGACAAACAGAAAGUGAGUUUAGUUAGGAAAAAGAGGAAGCUCAACAAGCCAAUGGAAGAAAGCAAUGAGAGCAACAACAGCAAAAAGAAGAGUAAGCGCGUUAAACCAACCACUUUGCUGGGUCCGUCUACACUGAAUGAGCUGAAGAAUCGCGAGUUUGAUUACUAUUUGUAUUUGAAUAAGUUGAUUGAUAGGUUGAACUUAUGGGAAGUAUUAAUGGUUUCUGAUAAACACGAGAAACAAGGUGAUAGCAGUACUGAUGGGACUGCUUCUUCGAGUUAUGGAUUUUUGGCCUAUGUCUUGGUACCGUAUUAUGGUAAAACAUUCCCCGUAUUAAUGAAAUAUGUGAUUCAGAAUAUGAAGAAUACGAAUAUGAAAUUGACCAGUAAUCAUAAGAAACAGAAGAAGAGCAAGAGCAAGAGCAAGAAGAGAUCGUCGGCGUCAUCAACAGUUAUUGAAAUUGAUGAUGAUGAAGAUUCAAACGAACACAAUAAAGAUGCUGGGAAUAGAAAUGGCGGAGAAAAGAAGAAAUCUAAAUUGGAGAGAAAACCAUUACUCAACAAUGAUAAUGGUAACUUAAUCAAAGACAUUUCAAUAGCUUCGCUAAAACGCUCAAAAUCAAACCUUGGUGGUCAAUCAUCUCGAGAACUUUUAGACAAACGACAAGUUGAUUUGAAUUUUAAACCGCCACAUUUGAAGAAACAAAUUAGUUCGAAUUCGGAUAGUGGAGCGCUGUCAACGUCGUCGUUGAUUUUCGGUCAAGCUAGACGAAGCAGGACUUUGGCGGGCGGUGAGACACUGGCGAAAUCCGGUUCAAGUUCGGUGGUGAAUGUGGCAGAAACACCGAUGAAAGCAGCACAACGUGGUAUAUUACCAACUGGAGCCGGCACAGGUUUUUCCAAUGGUGGGUUUGGUGGUAAUUUGAUGAAAUCGUUCUCGCAGAUUGAAGCUACUCCGGCGAAACAAAGAGUAGUUGAUUUGGAGGUGUUUACACCAGUAACUAAACUUAGUCUGCGAUCAAACGAAAAUAUUAUUCGAGAGAAUGAAGCUACAAAUUCCAUUUUCACCAGUCCUGCAACUGGUGACGGAAUUGAAGGAGGUAAUGGCGCAUCACCAUUUUUGAAACCUGGAUCUAGUAUGAUGACUCAACGAUUGCAAUCGGUAGCUUCGAGUGUAGCUGCAACAACAGUAGCUGCUACUAUCCAUCAAGGAGAGGAUGUACACAUGAUUGCAGCUACACCAAAAAAACAACGAACUGAUGAUGCCGCUGCUGUUGUUGAGACCCCGCAUGAUAUGAUUGUUGAAGCAACGCCGGUACGUAAUGAUCAAAGGACUCCUCAACUGCACAAGCAUCUUGAUCCAUCAAUUAUACAAGCAACUCCAGUACAAAAGAUCACAAAACUUCAAUCAUUCAGCAAUACACUUGCUGACGCAAUAGUACAGGAUAUACCACAACAAGGACAGAAGCAAAAUAUACAAUCACCAUUCAUGAGACGUAAUGAAGAAGGUGAUACUACAUUCAAAUCACCUGUUGCUAUGCAAAAAGGUGGAGUGUUUUCAUCACCGCUGGUUCAUAAGACCAAACCAGGUGAUCCCAUUGCCAUUUCUGAGUCACCUAUAUAUAAUGCAUAUGCCAAUACAGGAUUAUUAUCAUUACGAAAGAAAGAAAUUGGAGAAGAAGAGGGUGAUGAUAAUGAAGCAUAUGAUUCGGACGAAAUACUCAAUCCAAAGAAAAAGAAAGCUAGAGCUACUUACUCAAGACGAUGA